AUGUGUUUCCGAAAGGAGCUACACUCCUCUGCUCUUCGAAUCAACCAAUCAGAAGCCACCAGGCCCUCGCACGAAGACUGGGGAGGGCCUCGACAGUACACCUCAGUCGUGCGCAAGUUGGAAACAGUCAAGACGUGUCGCAGUAACCUCCAAGUUCCCCCCCCCCCCAACUUCGUAAUCAUGUUACAAAGCAGUAUGUUUUCUGGGCAACGCAAUGCUGCAUUGGAGACUCAGGAACGUGUAACAUGGGUAGCCCCUGACGACGCUGAAUCAAGUGAUAUCGACAUGAGCCCUUUGGACAUUGACAGUGAUGAUGACGACCCUACCUACGUUCCUGACGAAGGCCUUACUCAGGACGGUGCCUUUGACCUUCCUAACUCUAGAGAUCGCAAGGUCAAUGUUGUCUCUCAAGCGAUGCCUAUGGAAGAGGAACCUGAGCCUAACCCUAAGAGGUCUCAUGCUGAUGAAUGGAAGAAGGAAAACAUUGAUAUCCAUGCCCUGCCCGACUACAUUCAUCAGAAGCCUGGUGCCAGGAAUUCUCUUGGCACUAGAGAUUUUGCUUUGCCAAGAAGGGGCCAACAGGUAGUUUUGCAAAAUAUUGAGACACGCCAGACGGCCACUGCCCUACACAUGCCAAAGCGUGUCACCAUGAGGCAGACCUGCAAGUUCUGUUCUGGUGCAGGCCACAGUUCCCGCUGGAUGUGUGAGGAUUGCAAGGUUGCCCUUUGCCUUACUGAAGAAAGAAAUUGUUUUGCUUUGUUCCAUAAGAUUUCUAAGUAAGUUGUUUGUUAUGAUAGUUGUUUAUAGUGUUUUGUGUAUUUUUUUACUAUUUUUGUAUUAGAGUUU